CUCAGCUGGUGAUGAAAGAAAUUAAAGAUAUUUUUCCUGAUUAUCAUGACGGCGAGUUUCUGGCCCCGAAAAGCGGGGCGAAGCUGGCCUCUCUUUUUAAUCCAUCCCAUGCUGAGCCAGAAGGAAAUGAGUCUUUUAAGUUUACUGCCCCCAAGCAGCCCAAAAAAGUCCUCUCUGCUUCUGGUCCACAUCCUCAGCAACAGGCUCCUCCUUCACCAGCUCCAGUCGUCUUAUUGGCUUUUGCGGUCCAUGCAUUUCACUUUGUGAAUGGACAGUACGUGAAGCAUGGCAAGUUGGGCGUGGCCAUCCUGGGAAACCAUCCAAACAAAGAGUAUAAAGUUCUGCUGUAUGCAAGUCAACAGAAACACAUCACUACAGCACGAAUCCACCAUGGAUUUGUUCUCACCGUUCAGCCUGGUAACUACACUGCCUUCUAUGAUGAUCAGCGGCAGAGCUGGUCCCUGAGGUUCGACUCGGAGGAAGCUAGGAUAGACUUCUGUAAAGAGGUGUGUGUGGCCAGGUGGAACAGUCAGACCUUCAGGGACACACUGCUGACUCAGGACUUGGCCCAUGGAGAGGGACGGACUGUCAGCAUGGGGGACACGGUGGAGGUGGUCUUGUCUAGCUGGCUGCUUCAGAAUCAUGCUAUAGGACAGUUAUUUGAUUCCAGCUCAUGCAAAGAAAAGCUCCAGCGAGUGAGUCUGACCUCUAACUCAGCCCUGAUGGGAUGGGAAAAGGGGUUGUUAGGGAUGCAGAAAGGAGGUCGACGUCUUAUAAUUGUUCCCCCCAUCAUGGGUUAUGAGUCAAAAGAAGUUCCAAACCAUGUACCACCCUCCAGCGCAUUAGUGAUUGCAGUGGAAGUUCAUCAGGUUCAUUUCUCUAAAGAUGCAGACAGCCUCGCUGCUGGAUCUACAGACUUCUACAAGUCUCUAGUCCCUGAUCUAGACAGAAUCAAUGUUGAGAGAAAUCAAGCACCUGGUGUUAAGUGCAGAGAUGUAAAUGAGCUCCCUAAGCUUCCCGAAGCAGACAAAGCCAAGUUAAUCUCCCGUGUGGCUAAAAUGGGCCAGCCGACAUUGCCUUUCCUGAAAGUACCAGCUCAACCAAGCGACUCUGUGAUGGAGGAACGAAGAGAGACACUAUCAGUGGGUGGUUCAUCAGCCCAAGCUGUUUCAUCUCCACUGCCUGUAGCUGGUGAGAUAGCGUAUGGCUUAUUACAGCUUUCUAGCUUUUUUCAUAUUCCUGUGUUGUGUUGCGUUUCAUCUGCAGUCUUCUUAAAUCCUCCAGUUGUCCAAUACCCUGAGGCAGUGAGUACACGCACAGCUCAGGAUGUACAUGUCCGCUCAGAUCGAGCGUUUCAGCCUUAUCCUGCAUCACAGCUGCACCCUUACCCAUUAACCUUCCCACUCCAGCACGCACCAUACCUCACUGAAAUCGGCUCCUUUAUGAUGACCGAGGCGAGACAGAAUAAUACUGAAAUCCGAUUAGCUGUUGCAAGAGUGACUGACAAGGUUGACUACUUGGCUUCAAAGGUGGAUGAUUUAUGUAAGCAAGGUGUCUGCUCUUCUGCUCCAUCUAGUGGAUCUCUGGAAACAGGCAUGAUCUUGCAAAACAUACAGAGAAUUAUUCAGGAAAAUGCCAGUCUGAAGAAGGGUGUUCUAGAGAAGGGCUCUAGAGUGGAGGAACAUGACUGUAAAACAGGAGAGUUCACUGAACAGAGAUAUGUGGAGAAGAACUUGCUGCUAGAUCAGACGAAUGACCACCUACAGAGCAAGCUUUUACAAGCUGAACAGGAGAAGGUGCGUUUGUCGGGAGAGUUGGAUGCGUCAUCUUCUCGUGUGUGUAAGCUGCAGCAGGAGGCAGACGAUCUCCAGCAAAGGGUGACGGAGCUGCACGCCAAACUCAGUGCCGUCCUGCAGGAAAGCCAGAACCGCUGUGCUCUUAUGAGUUCUCUGGAGGCUAAGGUGGAAGAAUUGAAGAAGGAGGUGGUGCAGUCUCAGCAGAAGUGGAGAGAGGAGAAACAGAAGUGCAGAAAAAUGGAAUGGACAAUGACAAUCAGAGAGGAGGAAAUUCAAGACCUGAGGGCAGAGAAUGACAGCCUGAACCAGCUGCUUUCGGACAGAAGGAGGAAGUGGCAGCAGGAACGGGAGCGUUUUCUAUUACAGCUGGAGGAGCAGCGCAACAGCAAUGAACAGGAACAGCAGCAACUUCUGGACAAGCUCAGGAAAGCUCGAGUCUACGCUGGGACACACAGCAGAACCCAGGUUGAGCCGGAGUGGCAGGAGAAGUGUGAUGCAGCACUGGAUGAGCAGAAAUCAAAACUAGAAGAAGUAAUUUCUCAGCUACAAAAACAGAAUACAAACUUGCAGGAAGAACUGGAGAGCGAACGACAGCAAUUUGAAGCUCAGCUGACUGUACAGCUGAAAUGGGUGAUGAAUGGCUUGUUCCGCGCUCUAAGGGCAGAGUUUGAUCAGCAGGAGUCUUAUUCUGGUGAAUUUGUCCUGAACGUUGUCCUCAGUACCAUCAAGCAUGUGACCAUGCGAUUCCUCAAGGAGCUCAAGUCUGAGGAACAGGAGGAGUACUUCUCUGAAGAGAAGACACCAAGUGGGAGAAUGGAAGAACGUGGAAUAAAAAGUGAGGAAAUUGACAGCCCCAAGAGUGUGGACAGCACUUAUGUUACUGCAUACGAAACCAACAGUCUAGAAGCUUCUGAAGUGAGCACUGAUUUUUCAUUAGCUUCAGAUGUACAGAAAGAGCCAGCAAGUGAGGGGUUUGUAAAUAAUAUCUGAUGUCAGUCAUAACUGGAGACAAGAACCCAAUGUUUUAAAAAAAAUGACUGAAUUCCAAAAUGAGGAACUAAGUUUUUGUAGAAAAGGAAAGGCAAACUCCAUUCUGUUCCACACUUACUGGUUAUUUACUAGGUUAGUAGUGUAUGAUGGACAGAAUCCACCAAAUAUGUUCCAUCCUAAAACAAUCAAAGACUCGCCAAACUUCUAAGCUGGUAAUCAUACCACAAUAAUUCUAUACUGGAAUACAGUAAUUGCAGAAUUAUAUUUUAUGUUCUACUAAAAUUUACAGAUUUAAUGGCAUCAUAUUGCUGAUUUCAUUUCUUUGACUAAUAUAAAUGUAUUGUGAUAAAACAGCAGCUAAACCAGCUAUGUGCUAAGAUUAUAUGUAAUUUUGUAUUUGUAUUUAGUAUGUUAAAUAAAAUAAACAUUUAAAAUACA